AUGGCCUUCCCUUUGACAGUUGUUUCUCAUAUGAUCAUCAUGACAGCAGAGUUUUUCAUAGGGAUUACAGUGAAUGGAUUUCUUAUCAUUGUAAACUGUUAUGACUUGGUCAAGAGCAGAAAGAUCCUACUGUUGCAAAUCCUCUUGAUAUGCACAGGGCUGUCCAGAUUUGGCCUGCAGAUGAUGUUGAUGACACAGAGCUUCUUCUCUGUGUUUUUUCCAUUUGCUUAUGAGACAAAUAUUUAUGGUCCAAAGAUGAUGUUUCUUUGGAUGUUUUUCAGCUCUGUAGGGCUCUGGUUUGCCACUUGCCUUUCUGUAUUUUACUGCCUCAAGGUUUCAAACUUCACUCAGCACUGGUUUCUUUGGCUGAAAUUCAGGAUUUCAAAAUGUAUAUUUUGGCUGCUUCUGGGCAGCUUGCUGGCCUCUGUGGGCACUGCAACUGUAUGUAUUAAGGUGGGUCUCCCUUUAAUCGAAGAUAGUUAUGUCCUGAGAAACCCAGCAGUAAAUGUUAGUAAAGUCAAUUUGUUGAAAAAUGAUGAGUUGCUUCUUGUUAACUUGACCUUGGUACUCCCUCUCAGCGUGUUUGUGAUGUGUACCUCUAUGUUAUGCAUCUCUCUUUACAAACACAAGUACCAGGUGCAAAACAGGCUUCAUGAGUUUUCAAAUGCCAGAACAGAAGCCCAUAUGAAUGCAUUAAAAAUGGUGACCACAUUUUUUUGCUUCUUUAUUUCUUACUUUGCUGCCUUCAUGGCAAAUAUGACAUUUAGAAUUCCACACAGAAGUCAUCGUUUCUUUGUGGUAAAGGAAGUCAUGGCAGCAUAUCCUGCCGGCCAUUCAAUCAUAAUCAUCUUGAGUAAUUCUAAGCUCAAAGACUCGUUCAGGACAAUGAUCUGCCUCAUGAAGAAACAGUGA